CCCUCGUUCCUCGCGGGGGUUUACUAUAGCUACGCUGCACACACAGUAUUUCGGUCUCCGUAGUCGGUCCUGGCUGGCCGCAGGGAAGAGCCGGCACCAUGAGUCACGUAGUGACCAUCGAAGAGCCCCAGGCCAAGCUGCAGGUGUCUCAAACCCGGUGCGGAGGGAGGUCGGGGCCCUGGGGCAAAGUCUCUGCCAAUCGAACAUAUGAUUUCCUAUACGAUCCAUUGUUUAUCAUGUCAAGUGAGAAAGACCACAGCCAGGCAAAUAUUCAGGCCACCCUGAUUCGAAGCAAACUGAGAAGGGUUCCCAGGUAUAGAACCAUGUUCAGUAGCCUGAUUCAUUAUCCAAGAUAUUCUGUGUAUUGGAGCAAGGCAGAUCCUGUUCCAUCAUUCAUCAGUCAGGACUGGAAGGGACAUGAGGAGAGACACAAAGAAGCCCUCCGGAAACUUGCUGUAACUGACACUUCUUUUCAGAUGCCUAAAGAAGUUUAUGAAGAUCCUGAUGUUACUGGAAAGAAUCGCUAUAAAUAUUUUGAAAGGCCUUUCCUUCCAUUUUAUCAACAGAUGCCAUUCAAUGUUGUUUUUGCAUCAACCAGGGCAGAGCCAUAUACUUUUCCUCCUCCUUCUACUAAGUACCUCCCCAUUCCUUCAAAGUAUACUGUGGGCACUCAGACUGAUUAUCGCGAUGCCGAAGUUCAAACAGACCCGUAUUCUCCAGAAUACAUAGUAUGUCAGGAUUCCAUCCCUGAACUGCUGACCCUGGCAACUCUCACUUGGGGUCGAGGUCUCCCGGCAGGACAAGCUGAGGUAGAGAUGAUAGAACGUGCCCGGGAGAAGCGUGCUUGGGAAGCCACUCUCCCCCCUCUGAGUGACACCUCCCAGUUUGAGAAGAGGAGGAGGAUGAUGAAUGCCAUGGAGAGGAAGGAGUGGGCCUUCAGAGAGCAGGAGAUCGAAAAACUGCAGGAGAUUCGCCUGGAAGUUCUAAAAGAGCUGCUGAAGAAGCGUGAUGAGAAUCAAAAUGAAGUAAACAUGGCGUGCUUGAAUGCCCAGUGGUCUAAACUUCAGGAGGUGAAGGAGGCAAAGUUGGCACAGAUUCACCGCACACAUGUAUCAGCAAUCAGAAAACUUUUGGGAAAGGGAAAGAAUAUAGAAGGGAAGUUGGAGAGAAGAAAUAUCAUCAAGGAUUAUUCUGAUUAUGCAUCACAGGUCUAUGGACCUCUAUCUCGCCUUGGUCGUUUCACAGACAACAACUCAGAGGACUUUGUAGUAAAAAACCACUAUCUCAACACCUAUGAAGGAUUAGUCGAACUUGAGUCAUGUCUCCCAGAAUUUGUGACACAACCCCGAAUCAGACCUCCAAAACCAAAAGUCACUACCACCAAAGAUGGUUUUCUAAAGAGGGCUGCAAGGAUGGACCAUGAGUUGGCAGAGGUUCAUAAGGCACUGUUGGAAAAGAAGAAUAAGGGCCUUGAAGCAAAGAAACCAAUGCGUUUUCUUCAAAGAAAGCCAAUACCUCAACCUCGACUUCCAACUCCAACUUUGGAGUUGAGUUCCAAUGAAGAAGAAGAUAUAGAAAUGGCUGUGAUCUACCUUCAAAAGUUACUCCGGGGCAGAGUCGUUCAGAACAUGAUGUUUGAAGGGAAAGAGAAGCGGCUGGAGUUGAUCCAGGAGCUGCGCACCAGCCACGCACUGCAGGAAGAGGACAGGCUGGUGAAGAAAGCCGAGAAGCAGGUGACCCUGGCCUUGCAGCGACAGAGGAACUUGCACGAGCACAAGGUGUCACUGGUUGAAAACCAUUUGGCCGGACUGGAAGGAUGGGUGCUGGCAGACAUGUUUGACUUCCUGUCCAAAGAGCUGGUGAGACUGCAGGAGGAGAGGAGGGUCCACGCCCUGGCCAUGCUGGCCGAGCGGCAGCGCAGGAUGCGUGAAGCCGAAGAGAGUGGCCGGCGCCAGGUGGAAGAGAGGCGCCUGCAGGAGGAGGACCAGAUAUUUAAGGAGGUAAUUAAAGUUCACCAAAGUACUGUAACUUCCUAUCUGGAGGAUAUAAUACUGAACACUGAAGAGAAUACUGCAGAAGAACAAGCCAGGGCAGAAAUAGAGAAGAUGGCUGAGGAAAUCAAUGACAUUGCUUAUGAAAUGGAAAGCCGUCGAACUCAGCUUCAGUCAGAGGAGAUUGUUGCCGAGUUGGUUUAUAGUUUCCUGAUCCCAGAGUUGCAAAAGGACUUUGUCAAAGAAAAGGUGAGGAAUGCACAACAGAAGCACAUCCUCGCAGCCCAUCAGGUCAUCCACAGGCACACGGAAGACAUGCUCGAGAAGCAUUCUGUUGAGCAACAGCAAGCAUCAGACACUGAGCUACUUGAGGGAGAAACUGAAAAUGAGCAAAACAGCUAAGACUAUGAUCUUUUUAAAAAGAAGCUGUACAAAUCAUCAUAGAGCAUUCCAGUCAUCUGUGCUUCUCCUCAGAUGUGCAGCUCUUAUGGGCUUGUCAAUAUGUGAUGCAUGAGGAAAACAGAUUUAUUUUCUUUAAACUCCCAAUAAUUUAAAAUGAUUUUCAGUAAUAAUAAUCAAAUGAAGGAGCUUUAUUCUCUUUGGUGUUUCCUAGAGGCUCUACUUCAAGAGAACAUUUUCUCAUGUCUCAUUCCAACAUUUCGUUAACUAUGAAGAUAUGCCAGCUUGUUGAAUCAAAUAAAAAAUGUUACUGGAUAUUUAAGUGGUUUUGGUUUGCUAUUCAUAGUGCAUUGGCAUUAUCUGUUAAGACUGAAAAUAUGCAAUCCCCAUGACCCAGCAUUUCAUUCUCACAACAUUUCAUUCUCCAGAAGAAAUGCAUGAGUAUGUACACCAACAGGCAUGACAAGAAUGCUGUAGCAGCACUAUUCAUGCUGACCCAAAUGUCUAUCUACAUAGGAACAGAAAAGUAAACCUUGGUAUAUCCAUACAAUGGCACAUCAAGUCACCACUGAGCUUUAGCUCUGAGAAGUAUAUUCUUGCAACACCCAUGGAGAGGGUGCUGCUGGAGAGCAAUCUGCCCAUCCUACGUUUUGACAAGUGUCAGGGUUGAAUAGCUCUCUCCUCAUUUAAAGAUCAAUAAAUAGGAAAAACAAUAAAUAAACAAAAGCAUCCACAACAAAUCAACAUGGGACCCAUGUAAAGAACUUAUGAAAGAAAAUGUAUGUUAUCUGAAAACAAUGAAAGCCUAUCUUAGAAAAUAUCUUACUGUAAUAGGGAAGAGCUAGUUCUGACUCCAUGUUGGAUCUGUUUCUUUUACUUUAGCCUUUGCUUUUCAUUGCUUUUGUUAUUAGAGUCACUGUCUAUAACUGUAAGCUUAAUGGCCUGCCACAGGGAACCCUGCUCCUCUGCCUGACUGUUAAACUACAGUGCCUUUGUUCAGCUCACAUAGAGACAUUCUGACCCUGCCCACCUGUGAAUGGCUGCAGAAAAGAAGAAAUUAACACAUCCCCUCCUCAGUGCGGCCAAGCGAGAAGAUAUUUUGCAAGACAAACGGCCUUUUUACUUUACUUCCUCACCUCCUCCCCCUCUCUGUUCUAUAAAAGAAACUGGCAUCCAGACCCCGAUAAGAUGGUUAUGUUGAGUCUUUAGUCUGCUAUC